AUGCAGCCUUUGAGCGGUACGGAGACGUACUCACUCUCGGGUCUUGCCGUUCUAUGCUUCGCUGUUCUGUUCAAUGCUUGGAAAAGUGAUGGAGAACCUCUCUUCGCCUCAUUGGCCAUCAGUGGCCUGGCAUUUGCAUUUUCAUACUGCGUGAUCAGAUGGACCGGCGAUGUGUUUCUCAAUCGAGGCUACAAGGGGAAAGAUCUAUCGAAGAAGAAUCCCAUUGAGAUUCCAGAAUGCAUGGGUUUGGUAUGCGCCCUCGUAUACCUGUUGGCCGUCAUCAAUUUCCUGCCGUUUGCCUUCAAGCGUGUCAUCGUUGAGGUGACGUCUGGGGCUGGGAACAAGGAUCGCAUCUUGGAGGCACAACAGAUUGAGACAGGACGCUUUCUCCACCGGUUCCCGCUGGAAAAGCUCGCCUCCUAUGGCUUCGCAUACGGCACCAUUGCGUCCGUCAUCAUUCUGGGGAUAUUGGACGACUCCUUCGACAUGCGAUGGCGACACAAGUUCUUCAUCCCGGCUUUUGCUGCAUUGCCAAUGCUAGGCCUGUACUUUGUGGACUUUGGCGUCACUCACGUGGUCGUACCGCUACCGCUGCGAGCCUACUUUGGCGAACUUCUCGACCUUGGUGCGCUUUAUUACGCCUAUAUGGCUGCAGUAGCCAUCUUCUGUCCCAACAGCAUCAACAUUUUGGCGGGAGUCAAUGGCAUUGAAGUCGGUCAGUCCAUUGUUAUUGCUCUGCUGAUCGUGCUGAACGAUGCGUUGUACCUCUUACCGACUGUACACCAACCGCAUCCGGCUGCGGAGUCGCAUCUGUUCAGCGUCUACCUACUGCUGCCGUUCAUCGGAGUUUCAAUCGCUCUCCUACAGCACAACUGGUUCCCUGCCAAGGUUUUUGUUGGAGACACAUACUGCUACUUUGCAGGCAUGGUGUUUGCGGUUGUCGGAAUCCUCGGGCACUUCAGUAAGACAUUGUUGCUGCUGUUCAUCCCUCAAAUCUUCAACUUCGUUUACUCAGCACCGCAGCUGUUUGCUAUCGUGCCGUGUCCCCGGCAUCGAAUGCCACGAUUUAACGCCCGGACGGGUUUGCUGGAACCGUCUGUCGCAACUUUUACGGAGACCAAGCCACUGCGACCAAUCGUUGGCGAGGUGCUGAAGUUGCUACACACACUGAAGCUGGUGCGGGUCGUCGUCAAUGACCGCGGCCGAGUUACAGAGUCGACCAAUCUGACCAUUCUGAAUCUCUGGCUGGUGUGGAGGGGUCCUCUUCGCGAAGACAGACUGGCAUUAGAAAUCCUCGUGAUGCAGACCGCCUGUGGCCUGGCUGGACUGUGGAUCAGGCACUCGUUAGCGCUGCUGCUUUUCACCUCGGACAACAGAUUCUGA